GCGUUUCGAAUUUCUCCGUCUGGUUCCAGAGGCAGAGAGCCCUUUCGUAUUGGCCGCUCACUCAAUUUCUCGUCUUGUGCUCAGGUGCCCCGAUGAGGGAUCGGCGGACUGCGCAAGGUGCCCCGCUGCUGUUGUUACUCACGACGACGCUCACCACAGCCGUGAGCGGGGCCUUCGAACCCGAGAGAAUGCCCUGGACGCGGUUUCCACGUCUGGUGUCGUCAGACUUGGAUAUGGAACCGGGAAAAGCAGAGCUGUUUGAAGGUGAUAUCAUCGUUGAUCGAAUUCCUCAUCCAGAUUCUAUUGCGUCUCAUCAUCUACAUAAUCCAUCCAACAGACAUCGCAGAAAAGAUGUUCGUGGGAGACAUUUUCGACGUCGGCAUGGUCGAGCAGCGACAGCUAGGACGGAUAGACUCUGGCCUCAUGCUGUCAUCCCUUAUGAAAUAGAAGCCAAUUUUAGUGGCGAACACAGAGCACUGUUCAAGCAAGCCAUGAGGUAUUGGGAAAAUGAAACCUGUGUACAAUUUGUUGAGCGAUCUCCCUCUCAACAUCCCGAUUAUAUCGUCUUCACAGAAAGGGCAUGUGGUUGCUGUUCUUUCGUGGGUCGAAGAGGCAACGGAGCCCAAGCUAUAUCCAUCGGUAAAAACUGCGAUAAAUUUGGAAUUGUUGUUCACGAACUGGGUCACGUGGUGGGAUUCUGGCACGAACAUACGCGACCAGACAGAGACAAGCACGUGCAAAUCAUAUCUAGAAACAUUGUUGCUGGCCAAGAAUAUAACUUCAACAAGCUCACAGAUGAAGAAGUCAAUUCUCUGGGACUAAAUUAUGACUAUGAGAGUAUCAUGCAUUAUGCCAGAAAUACCUUUUCUAGGAGCUUGGCUCUAGAUACUAUAUUACCCGUUCGAGGCAAAGUUGUUGAGAUUGGCCAAAGGCUUCGUCUCUCUUCUGGAGACAUUGCCCAAACCAACAAGCUUUAUAAGUGCCCAGAAUGUGGUCGAACUUGCCAUGAACCGUCCAGUCACAUUCAAUCUCCAGGUUUUGAAUAUGGGAAGUUAGGACCCUAUCACUGCGUGUGGCGAAUCUCUGCUACCCAAGGAGAAAGAAUUAUCUUCGAAUUCACAGCAAUGGAUAUAGAUCCUUCCUGCAAUGAAGGAUAUUUAGAGAUACGAGAUGGUUACUGGAGUAAAUCCCCUCUUCUCGGCAGGUUCUGCGGCAAUAGAACUUUGGGAGAGAGAUUUGUAUCCACAGGUCACAGAAUGCUUGUCACAUACCAUACUACAGAUGCGGGCUCAAUUUAUAAGGGAUUUCAAGCCAAAUAUGAAGCUUUAUGUGGCGGCUUGCUGGAGCAAUCGGAAGGUACACUCCAAAGUCCUAACUAUCCGGAUGAAUAUCUAGCUGAUAAAGAAUGUAUUUGGAAAAUUGCAGUUUCUCCAGGAAGCCAAGUGGCACUUACAUUCCAGGCGUUUGAAGUAGAAUACCACGACAAUUGUGCAUAUGAUUUUGUCGAAAUUCGUGAUGGACUGGAACUUCAUAGUCCUCUCCUGGCCCGUCUUUGUGGAUAUAAAAUCCCAGAAGAAGUUCGAUCUAUUUCGAACAAAAUGCUCAUUCGUUUCUUUUCUGAUAGCUCAAUACGGAAGAUGGGGUUUUCCGCUACUUUCGUCACAGAAACUGACGAAUGUUUUGCUUUCAAUCAUGGCUGCCAACAGAAAUGCAUAAAUACCGUAGGCAGUUAUCGAUGCGAAUGUGAUAUCGGAUACGAGCUCCACUCAGAUGGAAAGAGGUGCGAAGACGCAUGUGGGGGCAUUUUGAAAGGCGAGAAAGGCACUAUCACUAGUCCUUCAUUUCCCGACCUCUAUCCAUCCAACAAGCAAUGCAUCUGGGAGAUAAUGGCACCGCCGCAGUUUCGCAUCACUCUCAACUUCACUCACUUCGAUUUGGAAGGAACUAACCAAGAAUGUGAAUACGACAGUGUAGAUAUUCGAAGUCGAACGUCCGUAGAAGAGGAAUGGAAGAAACAAGGUACCUAUUGUGGCUCAAGACUUCCUGCGAUCGUAACAUCUGAGGGAAAUGUCUUGAGAAUAGAAUUCACUUCAGACAACUCAGUACAAAAGAGCGGUUUUGCUGCUCUGUUUUUCACAGAUCAAGACGAAUGUGCCUCAGAAAACGGUGGCUGCCAGCAAAUCUGCAAAAACACUGUUGGAAGUUAUGAGUGUUCUUGUCACAAUGGUUUUGUUCUUCAUCCCAAUGGGCAUGAUUGCAAAGAAGGUUCUUGUGUGCAUCAUAUAUCUUCGACCGAUGGUGUUGUCGCCAGUCCCAACUAUCCGGACCAAUACCCUAGUAGGAAGGAAUGCACGUGGAAGUUCGAAACCACUCCAGGGCACAGAAUCAAGCUGGUUUUCGAUUCUUUUGAAUUGGAACCGCAUCAAGAGUGUGCCUAUGAUCACGUGGCACUUUAUGAUGGAGAUUCCGCUGAUUCUCCUUUGCUAGGAAGGUUCUGUGGCAGCAAAAUACCUCAUCCCAUCAUAUCCACUGCCCAAACAAUGCUUAUGGCAUUUCGCUCAGAUCCAUCUGUGCAAAGGAAUGGAUUCCGUGCUACGCAUUCUACUGUGUGCGGAGGGCGUCUUAGUGCUGGACCUCUACCGGCUCUCGUAUAUUCCCACGCUAAAUAUGGCGACCAAAAUUAUGGAAACAGAGCGGAUUGCAAUUGGAUUGUGACAGCCCCUAAUUCCGGAAAAGUCCGGAUUAGAUUUCAAAGUUUCGAUCUGGAGCCAGAACAGGAGUGCGCGUACGACUAUGUCCAAGUGCAGGACGGAUUCGAAACCAGUCCAAACCUUGGGAAGUUUUGCGGCAAUAAGAUCCCGCCUGAAAUGACGUCAUCUGGAUUUCGUCUUCUUAUCCGCUUCCAGUCUGAUGAUAGCAUUUCCGGGAAGGGAUUCGCUCUGGCCUAUUCAGAAGUUUUUUACUGACCAUCUUCAAUGAACAUUUCUUCCGAAAGCCAUCUACUGCCAACUGGAAAAUCCGAUUCUGAGGAUUUUCAUUCUGUAGCUCGCGUGACGUGUCCAAUAAAUGUUUCGUUGUGUCGAA